CCUAAAUAAACCAUUGAAACUUGGACAUGUUCCUAACAAUGUUCUCAUUUGUUCACCAAUUCACGCCAUAUUUCAUCUCAAUUUUCUCCAACAUGUAUCUCUUGUUCCCAUUAAUACAGGACAUUUCUCUAUUGUGCUAUCUUAUAUAUUACUCCUGCAAUAAAAAACUUUGUUCCUACGUCAAAGACUCCAAAAAAAAAAAAACAGCCUUUUUAUUCACAUUAAGCAUUGUAAAACUCUACGUUAAGUUUUUAGUUUGUUAAAAUUUUUGUGUGGAGAUCAAUGGGUUCUCUUCCGGCUAUCGACGAGCGUAGUUUGACAUAUCCAUUUGCUCGUCGUGAUGAAUCUGUUGUUGAUAACUAUCACGGUGUUGAUGUUCCUGAUCCUUAUAGAUGGCUUGAGGAUCCAGACUCAAAGGAGACGAAAGAAUUUGUUGAAAAACAAGUGAUUUUGACAGAUUCAGUGCUCAAGACUUGUGAGAUAAGAGAUAAGCUAAGGGAAAAACUCACAAAAUUGUUCGAUUUUCCUAAGUAUAAUGUUCCAUUUAGGGCAGGUGAUAAGUACUUCUACUUCCAUAACACAGGCCUUCAACCUCAAAAAGUCCUUUAUGUUCAGGAUAGUUUGGAUGGAAAGCCAGAGGUAUUGCUUGAUCCAAAUACACUUAGCGAUGAUGGCACAGUAGCAUUGAGUAUGUGUGCAGUUAGUAAAGAUGCUAAAUAUUUGGCAUAUGGUAUCAGUUCAAGUGGAAGUGAUUGGGUGACUAUCAAAGUUAUGAGGGUGGAAGAUAAGCGCGACGAGCCUGAUACAAUUUCAUGGGUUAAGUUCUCAAACAUCAGCUGGACUUGUGAUAGUAAAGGAUUUUUCUACAGCCGUUAUCCAGCUCCCAAGAACGGCGAAAAACUAGAUGCUGGUAGAGAGACAAAUGCAAAUUUACACCAGGAAGUGUAUUAUCAUAGUUUGGGUACUGAUCAAUCUGAUGAUGUAUGGUGUUGGAAAGAUUCAGAAAAUCCAAUGCAUAGACAUAUAGCUUCAGUGACUGAAGAUGGACAGUAUGUUCUCUUGUAUGUUUUUCGGAACUGUGAUACUGUCAAUCAGUUAUACUACUGUGAUUUAUCCGCACUGCCUAACGGCGUUGCCAGUUACAAAGGCAGAGGCGACGCGCUUCCCUUCAGCAAGCUUGUCGAUUAUUUUGAUGCAUCGUAUGAUUAUGUUGCACAUAAUGGCACUGUUUUCACUCUCCUAACUAACAAGGAUGCUCCAAAGUACAAGUUAGUCAGAGUGGAUUUAGAAAAUCCUGAUUUUUGGUUUGACAUAAUUCGCGAGGACGAAAAGGACGUGCUACAAUCAGCUGUUGCAGUUAAUGAGAAUCAACUUGUUGUGAAUUAUUUGAGAGAUGUUAAAAAUGUGCUGCAGUUGAGGGAUUUAGAAUCAGGGGCCCUGCUUCAUCAUUUACCGAUUGAUAUCGGUAGUGUGACUGGAAUUUCUGCUCGUCGUAAAGAUGAUUCUGUUUUCAUUGGGUUCAUGAACUUCCUGAUCCCUGGACUUAUAUAUGAGUGUAACCUUAAGGGUGAGAUUCCUGAGCUUAAAGUAUUUCGAGAAAUCAUCGUUCCUGGAUUUGAUCGGACUGAGUUCCAAGUAAAUCAGGUAUUCGGUCCAAGUAAAGAUGGUGAAAAGAUACCUAUGUUCAUAGUGGCUAGAAAGGGUAUGUCUCUGGAUGGAUGCAACCAUUGUUUGUUAUUUGGAUACGGAGGAUUCAACAUUAGUAUGACACCACAUUUUUCUGCUGCUCGCGUUGUGCUUGCAAAGCAUUUAGGUGUAGUCUUUUGCUUAGCAAAUAUUCGUGGUGGCGGUGAAUAUGGAGAAGAGUGGUACAAAGCUGGUGCCCUUUCCAAAAAGCAGAACUGCUUUGAUGACUUUAUUUCUGCUGCUGAGUAUCUUGUAAGUGCUGGUUAUACACAACCACAUAAGUUGUGUAUUGAAGGUGAAAGUAAUGGUGGACUUCUUGUUGCAGCCUGCAUCAAUCAGAGACCUGAUCUCUUUGGCUGUGCUCUUGCUCAUGUUGGUGUUAUGGAUAUGCUUAGAUUUCACAAGUUCACUAUAGGCCAUGCAUGGACCUCUGAUUUUGGCUGUUCUGAUAAGGAGGAAGAGUUUCAUUGGCUAAUCAGGUAUUCACCAUUGCAUAAUGUGAGGAGGCCAUGGGAACAAUUUGCCAAUAUAGGAUUUGUUCAGUACCCUUCCAUCAUGCUAUUGACUGCAGAUCAUGAUGAUAGGGUGGUUCCAUUGCACUCGUUAAAACUAUUGGCGACAAUGCAAUAUGUCCUGUGCACGAGUGAGGAGAAAAGUACGCAGACCAACCCAAUCAUUGGCAGGAUCGAGCGAAAGGCUGGUCAUGGAUGUGGGCGUCCAACACAAAAACUUAUUGAUGAAGCUGCAGACAGAUAUGCAUUCAUGGCUAAAGAGUUGGGUGCUGCUUGGAUUCAGUAAUAUGAAGUUUUGCACAAAGGAAACUAAUGGAACACAAUAAUGUGUGGUUGGAUUUUGAUGUCCUCACAGUAAGUGCUUCAUUUAUCAAAUAAAAGGUAUCUGUUUACAAAAGCCAAGUUCUCGGAAAUGUUCACGUCAACAAACAAGUAGAGGUUGGUGUGAGGGUGCACAGGAAAGAAUUUUAGCAAUCAUGAAGAAAGGUUGUUUGGAACUGCAAGUGAUUUUGUUGACUGAUCUAUCUGUAUAUUAAAUUAUUACAGAUUUACGUUAUACAUAUCAAUAGUGUCAUUAGUAAAAUACUGAUAGUAGCACAAGUUGUUGAAACACUACUCCCAUUGCUAGUAAAAACCUUGAUGGAGAAUAUUCGAAGACGGAGUUAAGGAAACAGCUAGCUGACGUUUACGUAAACGAUGCUAAAAUUAAGGAAACGGAUGAAUUGUCAUGAGGAAGAGAGCCCUGUAACAAAGACCAAGUUUUUAGACAGAUAGAACAUAAGAUACUUAUCUACAAUAAUAUGUUGAAAUUCUGCUUCAACAAUCAAUGGGGAUCUUUUGUGCAUUCAUGUUUCUGGACCGGCAGCUCAUUUGUUGACGAUCCUUCAUGUUGCUGGUUAUCACGGUAAAACAUUUGUAUCGUUCCAACAUCUCCAUCACCUCAUGAACUAGGCAGCCAGAUGCCUUAGCUAUAUCCAUGACUCGAGAUGCAGUCAUAAUCUUUGGCUUGGGACUGUCCAAUUCUGCAUGCAGGUUUGUUGUUGUCAAUUUCAAAUCAAAAGGUUAAACUACAUUCUGAAUAAGGUGUACAAAUAACUUAAACUGAACUCCAUAAAAUGUAGCUCACUUGCCUUCAUCAGUCAUGGACUCCAUCAUUGUCACAUACCGUUUAUAUUCAAACUGACAUUCCUUUUCAACCUAUACCCCACCAAAAAAGAAAACCAAUGAUGUAGCAGAAGGAAAGCAAACAGGCACAAGCAUGACUCCCAAAAAAGAAAGAAGGAACCAAAGAGAGGGAACAAAAAAGGAGGCAGGCAGAAGAGUUGACAAGUUCCCAUCCAAUCAAACUAAUGUUCACGUGUUAAAAUACUUUUGGUAAGAGGUUUUCUAGAAGUUCAAUGAACAAAAACGAGGGUUUCUAAAAUA